UGUCCAAAGGAUGGACCUUUUAAUAUAUUUAUUGUAGUUGCUUUUGUCUUAAUGGGCAUUAAAAACAAUACCAUUAAUGCAAAUUGUUUGAAUUUUCUAAUACCGAGCCUUUGAGCAUAUUAACGUUACAAAACUUUGGCUUGGUUAUCUCUUUUCCUCCUUUGGUCGAUGACCUACAGUAUAAAACGCUUUCAAUUGCACUGAUUUCUUCUUAGCACGGCAAACGUAAACGUCGGCAGGCUUGCGUGAGACAAGUCGGUACACACAUUUACAUGUAUAGUUGGACAAGUGUGGCGGGCUCCUGUACUCCAGUUACACACAAGUCGGUCAGUGAUGGAAGCGACGCCGGAGGAUUUCAGUCAGGCCAAGAGCCAGCUGGGCACACUGAAGACUGACCCUGGCAAUCAGGUCAAGCUGAAGAUCUACGCCCUCUUCAAGCAGGCGACUCAAGGUCCCUGUAACACGCCUAAGCCAGGCAUGUUGGACUUUGUCAACAAGGCCAAGUGGGACGCCUGGAGCUCCCUCGGCAGCUUGCGUCCGGAGGAGGCCAGGCAGCAGUAUGUGGACCUAAUCAGCAGCCUGGUAGCCUCUGAGAAUCCCAUCCAGGCGGCCCCGACCGCUGCUGGGGGCGCCCCUGCUUUCCAGACUAUCGUCUUCUCCACCAAGGACAACAUCAGCACCAUUCGCCUCAACCGGCCCGAGAAGAAGAACGCCAUCACCAUGCAGAUGUACAAUGAGAUCAUCAAGGCUCUAGAGCUUGCUGGCAAAGAUGACUCCGUCCUAACCGUUUUCACAGGCACUGGAGACUAUUACUGCAGUGGAAACGACCUGAACAACUUCACACACAUCCCCAAAGAUGGAAUCGAGCAAAUGGCUAAGGAUGCCGGCAAGUUGCUCAAGGCGUUCGUCAGCGCCUUCAUCGACUUCCCCAAGCCUCUCGUCGCUGUGGUGAACGGCCCGGCUGUCGGAGUCUCCGUCACGGUGCUAAGUCUCUUUGACCUCGUCUACGCCACGGAAAGGGCGACGUUUCACACUCCUUUCAGCCAGCUGGGACAGAGCCCAGAAGGGUGUUCCUCCUACACCUUCCCCAGACUCAUGGGACCCGCCAAGGCCAGCGAGGUCCUGCUGUUCAACAAGAAGCUGACAGCCACAGAGGCGUGCCGACUGGGCCUGGUGACGGAGGUGUUCCCCGAUGGCUCCUUCCAGGCAGAGGUGUGGGCCCGGCUACGGGCGUACGCCAAGCUGCCCCGCAAUUCCCUGGCCCUGUCCAGGCAGCUGGUGCGACAAGUGGACAAGGAGCGGCUGCACCAGGUGAACGCCAGCGAGGUGGCCCGGCUGGAGGAGCGCUGGCAGUCGGACGAGUGCAUGAACGCCAUCAUGAGCUUCUUCCAGGCCAAGUCCAAACUAUGAAGCUGGUCCUUCACCCCGGGAGGAGGAGGAGUCUCGGUGGCCUCCCUCGUCUGCUGCUUUGGGGUCACUGUGGUGGCUUUCCCUCUGUGAAAUAUUAACCCAGGGGAUGGGGCAGCUAAUCGCGGCUGCUUCUCUGGGCUAGAAGAGCCAAGACUCAGCUUUCAUUUACCUUCCCUCCAGUUGUUUGUGUAAAUCAUUAACAAUGAAACAUCGGGGACAUUACCUUGUGACAUUUAAUGCUACUGCUAACGAAUGAUACAGUGAUACACUGCUAACGAAUUUGAUACAGUAGGACCUAAUACUUUAUAACACUAGUAUCGGGUUUGUAUUUUUUUUUAGUAAUGACAGUAUUAUGCUAAUUUUAAGGCUGUGGAGUUUCCAGCUAAUCCGAACAGUACAGUUUGGCGAAAUCGGGGGGGGGAUUGCCUAAACUUUUCAACCUUUGCAUUUUCCUUUCCUGAUUUAUACAAUCUGUAGGUUCAAUCUGUGGUUUUCAGAAGCAGCUCCCCUGAUGAGUUUUAAAUGACGUCUUUGUUGGCGGAUCAAAAUGCUAAUACUGUGACCUAACUGGGGGUCUGGGCCAGUGUGUUCAUUUGUCAUGUACUAAGAUUAAUUAUGAAUAAAUAGCACAAAUUAAACGUAAAUGCCAGUAGUAUAGUCCUAAUUGUGCUUCGAAAACAUCAUGAAAUGUGCAAAAGAGCCAAACUGUGCCUUUCUUUUUUAAUUCAGUAUACAGUGUGAGCCGCCCCGAGGGUCUGUCGCAGUACAUUUUAAAUCUUGUCAAACCAAUAAAUAGCCAGUGGAAAAACAUGCUGGCAGGUUACUAACCUCUUAUGGAAGGUGGUCUGAGCAUUUUGAUCCAUGCUGGUUUCUAAGUAGAGUCCUUCAGAAUAAAUAAAUGAUUGAUUAAUUUAAGUGAAUCUUACUGUUUUUUAAGCUAAUGUCUCCACUAGAAAAUGUGAAGUUGUGGUGCUUGGCUUCAGAUGGUUUUAUUUUUAUUAAUUUACACUGGUGUUACACAACAGUUUGCAAAAGUAAAUGAAUUUAAGUAUUUCUAAAGUAUAAACAGUAAUAAACACAUUCAGAAAAACCCUAUUAUAACCGAAGUAACCUGAGUAUUUAUAUUGUAAGGAGUUUUCUGGCGACAGGAAUCAUUUUUGAAAGCAGCUACUUUCCAUCAGUUGUCAAACUGUUGCCAGUUUUGUUGUAUUUUCAGUUAUUUCCACUAGAGGGCAGGGUAUACCAAAUUUACUCCUGGCUGUAGCCUUUUGAUGCUCAUGUGUGAUACACAGUGCAUAUGCUAUCAAAUUUGGAAUAUAUUUAAUUUCUCCCAUGUGUUAGACAACAGGAGGUAACACGAAAACAUUUGUGAAACUAACAUGACUUGACAGAGCUUUAGCUUUUAAUCCUUAAGCAUUAAGAAGCUUCUGAUCAAACACAGUCCUAGAUGUUGUAACUUUCUGAGAUGCACUUACCUGCCCAGUUUUCAAAACGUAACUAUAAAUCACUAGUUAGCUUUUAGCUUUAAAAGUGUGUGUUAAGCAACUGGACCAUUUAUGUGAAAACUGGUACAAAUUAUGUUGAUUAACUGUGUCUGAGGGGAAGUGCUCUUGUAAGCAACCUUUUAUUGACUAAUCCAAUAAGAUCAUGAAACAAUUGUAUUGCUUUAUGAGCUGUAAUCACAGUGUGUUUUGGUUUAUUCCACUAAUUUAUCUUAUGGGUAAACAUUCACAUUUACUACCUGUAUUUAGCUGUGAAUGUGACUAUUCAAACAAAAUUUACUAUAAAUGCUUUUUUCCUUAUAAUUUGUGUAUAUUUGAUUGGAAAUAGUGCCCCCCACAAGUAGGGGUAUGGAAUAAAUAGCAUCAGGGCAUUUACUGGUGUGAAGGAUGAUAGUUGCAAAAUUGUUGAUGUCUUGUCUAGCCUGAUGAGUGGCCAUUAUUGUAGUGUCUUCACUGAUUGUUUAGUACAUUUUUGAGAAUACCGAGCUAAAGGUGUUUUCAGUGUUACUGCGAUGUGGGGAAAAAAGUGUUUUAUUGGUUCCAGAAGAGUUACAAUUGUUGCAUUACACAGUUGUUAUAUUACAUUACACGUAUUCAAAGUAACACAGAAGAAAAAUCUAUUAGUUCUAAGUAAAACCAGGGUUCCUUGUGUCACAAUACUCUGCUUUUAAAAUGGUGGGGGGCGUGUUUCCCUGUUUGACAUUUUCUCACUUGCACAUGUGAAAUGUCUGUGGUAAGCUUGAGCAUGACUGACAUUCGGGAUUUUACGGCUGCCUGCUGAGCAAGGUCACUGAGAAAGACCUGAAUGAAAAGGACAGAUAUUGUAUGAGAAGAGAUGACUUGUGGGUACCUCUGUUGUCUGCAUGCUAUAGGGAGGUGUGUUUGGGUAGUCAGGCCACAAACAAAGGCUGCAUUGAUGCUCCCAGCUGAGAACAUGAAUAUUGACGUUAUUUGUGAUUCUGUGUUCAAAAUUACAACGAUGUCAUCAUUUCUAAGAAGAA